AAGACUGUCUGCAAAAGUUAUUUAUUUAUUUAUUUACCCCCUCCCCACAUUUACAGUUUCCUACUUCAAACGUCCAAAAUAAGCUAAGACAGAUCAGUCCUGGUGACAACUUAAUGAGAGAUCCAGACGUCAAAAGUGUAUUCCAAGAACUUGUCACCAGCUUCAUAUUUGCCACCCUGAAUAACAUCUUACGUAACAUCCGAACACGAACUAUUGCAUUAAACUUCAGUCAAAAUGUGGGGGAGGUGGGAUCAUGUUUAACAUUUACCAGUCUUUAGGAAGCCCUGCUUACGAGCCAAUGAGAUGAACGCGCGCACACACAAACACAAACACACAUCCCAUUGCCUUGUCAGCUAACCCCCUCUAGUGCCGAGCAUCCUGCACAGAUGCGCGCAGUCCCACAGCAUCGCCUCCACUGUUGCUGCUGUUCCGCUGCAUCCCAAUCAUUCCUCUGUUCACCUUCCACCAUCUCUCUGCAGCAGCGGACCGAGCUGGAGCUGCAGCCGGAGCUGGCAGUCGGUCCGCGGCGCCCUGCCGUGCCAAACACACGGUGUCUCCAGUCUGCCACGACUCUACGCGCUUUAAACUGCGUUUUAAUGCCCAUUUCGAAACACUAGAGAGGGUGGAGGGUGAAGUCCGUUUAGAAUCUGCAAAGUUUUUUGUUUUUUGCAGAUGUUUUAUUAGCGAAGUGUUUUUAGCCCUGCCAGAAGGUCCGAGUUCACUUCAAAUAUUUUUGGGACUUUACCCAAAAGGUGUCCAUUUAGUGACGGAGCUGCGGCAGCCGCCAGGUGAAAAGGAUGAGCCACCUCUUGUUCCACCGCACGGCCGCUCGCUCCACACGGGAUCAGUUAUAAGGACCAGAACUAGUGGACCUGAACGGACCCAGAGCGCUUCAUCGCUGAUCUAACAAGAAGUAAAGCCGCUGGUAAAUACUGCCGCAGACAUGACUUUUGGAAACAGAUUCUUCGUUUCACUCUUUCUUGGAAUUACGAUCAGUCGUUUCAGCCGCUGCAAUCAAGGCAGUGGAAGGCAGAGGUGGGAAUAGAUUUCUGACAGCAAUCUGAUUUCAGUCCAUCUGCCCCCAAAAUAUGUCACACAUGACAAAAAUUGCUGCUCCCAGUUGGUGUUGCUGGAUACAACGUCUGUGCUUGGAGAGCUGGGAUGGAAGACGUAUCCAAUAAAUGGGUGGGAUGCCAUUACGGAGAUGGACGAACACAAUCGACCCAUCCAUACUUUCCAGGUUUGCAAUGUGAUGGAACCUAACCAGAACAACUGGCUUCGCUCCAACUGGAUUUCUCGACAGGCGGCCCAAAAGAUCUACGUGGAGCUCCGCUUCACCUUGCGCGACUGCAACUCCAUCCCCUGGGUUUCUGGCACCUGCAAGGAGACAUUCAACCUCUUCUACCAAGAGAUGGACGAAGCCCACGGUGUCAAAUUUAAGCCCAGCCAGUACACCAAGAUCGACACCAUUGCUGCUGAUGAAAGCUUCACUCAGAUGGAUCUGGGAGAUCGUAUUCUCAAGCUCAACACGGAGGUGCGGGAGGUGGGACCCAUGACCAAAAAAGGCUUUUAUCUGGCUUUCCAGGACAUCGGCGCCUGCAUUGCAUUGGUUUCGGUGAGAGUUUACUACAAGAAAUGCCCCUUCACGUUGAUGAACUUGGCCUCGUUUCCAGACACGGUCCCUCGUGUGGACUCUUCCUCGUUGGUGGAGGUGAGGGGAGCAUGCAUUGAUCACGCUGAAGAAAGAGACACACCCAAACUGUUUUGUGGAGCAGACGGAGACUGGUUGGUCCCCCUGGGAAGAUGUGUGUGCAGCGUCGGGUAUGAGGAGAUUGAUGGCUCAUGUGUUGCAUGCCGUCCUGGGUUCUACAAGGCGUACGCAGGAAACAUCAAGUGUUCAAAGUGUCCUCCACACAGUUUCAGCUAUGGAGAAGGAGCCUCCAUCUGCCGCUGCGAAAAAGGCUUCUUCAGAGCCGAGAAAGAUCCAUCAACGAUGGCAUGCACACGCCCUCCAUCUCCCCCUCGCAACCCGAUGUUUAACAUGAAUGACACCUGCCUGAUGCUGGAGUGGUCGCCUCCCAGCGACACUGGGGGUCGCCGGGAUCUCACGUACAACGUCCAGUGCAAACGCUGCGGCCCCGGACCCAACCAGUGCCAGCUCUGUGAGGACGAGCUUCGCUUCCUGCCGAGGCCUUUGGGCCUGACCAAUGCCACUGUAACCGUCACAGACUUCUCAUCGCACGCCAACUACACCUUUGAGAUUGAGUCACUAAACGGCGUGUCAGACAUGAGCACCUUCCCCCGGCAGGUGGCCAUCAUCACCGUCAGCACUGACCAGGGGGGUGAGUACAUGAAAGUUUACACCAACGCAGCGUCUUGGAUCUUUUCUACCGCCUUCACUCCUCUCUCAGGAACCAUCCUCUCACUGCCUUGCUGCAUCGUAUUGAAAUAAGCAUAAAUAAGAGCUGAGUGAGAUUGCUU